GUCUCAGUUGAGAACCACAUCUCUGUCCUACUAGCGUAAGCAGAAGCUAAGGUUGUUCUUCAGUCUAUCACUACUAGUAUCCAGUAUGAACAGAUACAUGAACAGAAGAAAUAAUUUCAGCAGAAGAUAUCGUGGUAUCAUGGAACCAAUGUCAAGAAUGACCAUGGAUUUCCAAGGCAGAUACAUGGAUUCUUAUGGAAGAAUGGUAGAUCCCAGAUUCUACGGCUUCUAUGGCAGAUAUUCUGACAAUGAUAGAUAUUAUGGUAGAUCUAUGUACAACUAUUACGGUUUCUAUGACAACGAUAGGUUCCAUAGAUAUGGUAAUUUCAUGGACUUCCCUGAGAGGUUUAUGGAUAUGUCCGGUUAUCAGAUGGACAUGUCUGGAAGAUGGAUGGACAUGCACGGACACUACUCCAGCCCCCACUGGCAUAUGUUCAACUCCUCAAGACAGGGUUACUACCCCGGCUACCACUAUGGUCGCAACUGGUUCUAUCCUGAGAGAUUCAUGGACAUGUCCCACUACCAAAUGGACAUGUAUGGCCGAUACAUGGACAGAAAUGGACGUCACUGCAACCCUUAUUACAACUAUUACAGGCGUUAUAUGUAUUAUCCAUACAUGAAUUUCUACCAUAUGUACUAUCCCGAGAGAUUCAUGGAUAUGUCCGGCUAUCAGAUGGACAUGUAUGGCCGCUGGAUGGAUAUGUCUGGUCGUCACUCUAGCCCCUUCUACAGCUAUCAUAGCAGAUUCCACCAUAACUACCCUUAUUAUAACUACAGCUGGGGCCAAAGGUACUACAACUACCCAGAGAGAUAUUUCGACAUGGGAAACUAUCAAAUGGAUUUUGAUGGCCGUUGGAUGGAUAUGUAUAGCCGUCAUUGCACACCUUUCUACAACUACCAUGGCAAAUUCCACCAUAACUACCCUUAUUAUAAUUACAGCUGGGGCCAAAGAUACUACAACUACCCAGAGAGAUAUUUCGACAUGGGAAACUACCAGAUGGAUUUUGAUGGACGCUGGAUGGAUAAUUAUGGCCGUUAUUCUAGCCCCUUCAAUAGUUAUCAUGGCAGAUUCCACCAUAAUUACCCUUAUUAUAACUACAGCUGGGGCCAAAGAUAUUACAACUACCCAGAAAGAUAUUUUGAUAUGGGAAACUACCAGAUGGAUUUUGAUGGACGUUGGAUGGAUAAUUAUGGCCGUUAUUCUAGCCCCUUCUACAACUACCAUGGCAGAUACCAUAACUAUCCUUACUAUAACUACAGCUGGGGCCAAAGAUAUUACAACUACCCAGAGGGAAAUUAUCAGAUGGAUUUUGAUGGCCGUUGGAUGGAUAAUUAUGGCCGUUAUUUCCAUGGCUAUAACUACCAUAAUAGGCACUAUUACAACUCUUACCCAAACUCCUACAACUACAACUGGGGACAGAGAUAUUACGACUAUCCAGAAAGAAACUUUGAUAUGUUCAAUUAUCAAAUGGAUUUCGAUAGCCGUUGGAUGGAUGGUCAGAAUUUCCACUAUUAUGGGGAUAAUUACAACUAUUAAACAUAGUGCCAUUUAUCGACCAUUUAUUGCUGAUGGCAGUCGUCUUCUCGUUUGAAAAUUACUCUGAAUUCAAUACGUAAAGCAGAUCAUAACUAAAAAAAAUACUCUAUAACUCUGAAUAAUUUUUGCAGAUAUAAUAGGCAGUAACAUCGUGAUGAACAACAAAGAAUAGCUUUGAUACUUGAUGAACAGUAAUAUUGAUAGAAAGGGCGUUGGUGUGAAAACGCAUUCAUUUGUUAAGAAGGAUACAACAAAUCUUUGUAAUGUGAAUUGCAUACAAAUAAAUUCGAGUUAUCGAGUGAA